UAGUAGUCAUCAAAAAGUAGCAAAAUUAGAGCCUCAAUCAUUCCAUGUGCCAUACAAAUCCCUUCAAAAAAUUACUCGAGAAAUCCAACCAAAAAUGGUUAAAACUUCAAUCCCCGCCAUGACUGUUCUUUCUUACUGAUUUGUUCAUUAGCUCAGGCUCCACUCCACACAUUCAUGGCUUCUGUAACCCAAACUGCUUACAUCCUAAGAUGGGCACCCCUCAAUUUCUCUUCUCAAAAUUGUACGAGUAUUAAAUUCUCCCCAUUUUCUCACCAAUUACUGGGUCAUGGGAAGGUUUCUUUUUCCAUAUAUGGUCAUGUUUGUGGAACAAGAAAUUCUUUUUCCCCUACUUUUACUUGCUCUGCUGCUAAUAAACCCUCAGAUUCUUCCAGUGAUAUCAGUUCUACAGCCAAGAUAAGGAGUGAAGUUCUUUCUCCUUUUCGCUCUGUCCGAAUGUUCUUUUACCUUGCUUUCAUUGCAAGUGGUAGUUUGGGUGGAUUAAUAGCUCUAACACAGCUGAUUGGUGCUCUAGCAAAUCCAGUGAGAGCAGCCGAAGUUCCAGAGAUUGCCAAAGGUCUUGGCAUAGAUGUUGCAGCAGUAUCCGUCUUUGCCUUCCUAUAUAGUAGAGAUAAUAAGGCAAAAAAUGCACAGAUAGCUAGACUUGCAAGAGAAGAGACCCUCUCUAAUCUUAAGAUCCGUGUUGACGAUAGGAGGACCAUUCCUAUAAACUCAUUAAGAGGGAUUGCUCGUCUUGUUGUUGUUGCUGGUCCUGGAUCUUUUAUCGCAGAGUCGUUUAAGCUUAGUGAAGCUUUUACCGAGGGGCUUGUGGAACGGGGAGUGCUUGUAGUCCCUUUUGCAACCGAUGGGGAUUUUCCUACUUUCGAGUUUGAUGAGAGUGAAGAUAUGGAACAGUUGACUAGUAAAAGGAGACGGCUUUGGCAGUUGCGUCCUUUUAAUGUUUCCGAGUGGUCCAAGUGGUUAGAUGAACAGAAGAAGUUAGCAAAUGUCUCUUCCGAGUCUCCAGUUUAUAUGUCCCUACGUAUGGAUGGUCGUGUUCGAGGAAGUGGAGUUGGUUAUCCACCAUGGAAUGCUUUUGUAGCACAGCUACCACCAGUAAAGGGUAUCUGGUCGGGCCUUCUUGAUGGCAUGGACGGAAGAGUUUGAAUUUGUUUGCAAGGUUAGAGUUAACUUUGAAUUUGUAGUUGUAAUUGGAAAUAGCCUUUAUAUGUCUUAUCUCAAGAUUUCAAAACAUGGAAGGAGACAGUUGUGUUUAUGAACCUGUUAUACUUCAAUGAUGUACCCCUGAAAGAAUUUUUUGUUAUUCUAUUCAUGUGAUAGGGUCAUAAAUUUUGACCUCCUUUCAGUGA